ACCCGGAAGAGAUGUCGCGUUAUCUGACCCUGGUCGUCGUUGAAAAGGAAGACUAGUGAACAGAGGCAGGAUUGUUCAGGUCUACGUUCAACACGACAGAAACCACGGUUAGAUUCUACGGGUUUCAGAGCAAGAAGUUGGUCCAAUGAAAGGGAAGACACGGUCGGAAGUUAGAAUAAUUUGAUCCGUAAAGUCUUGUUUAGCGCUAAACGAUCGAACCUCUAAAUGGAAUAACAGCUUGUUUUUUAUGGGGUGGGGGGACAGUACUGCAUUGACAAUUUAUUUGGUAUGUUCUGGUAUUCAUCUAGCGGCUUCGCAUGCCUAUCCCCCCAAAUUAGUCCGUGUGCGACGAAGCUGGCAAUUUAAAGGCUCUCUAUCGGCCGUAAUAGCCACGUCACGUAGCGUGUGAACGAUUGCUCGCUUUUCUCCCAUCACUAAGAUACAUAUUGGCCAUUAUGGCUCCGAUGGGUAUUCGUCUGUCUCCUUUCGGCGUGGCCGUUUUUUGCCUUCUUGCGCUCGGCAUUUUAUACCACCUUUACGCCGGGGUCAUCUCCAGCAGACUGGCUGCUUUCAGCCAGAGGAGGAACAUCGAUCUGAGAGACCUUCUGGCUGUAUCGGUGGAGGCUGCAGUUCUUGGCGGCAAGGAGGUGAAGAAGGUGCGUGAUGAAAACAAUCUGAAGGAGAAAUCAAAGGGAAAGACAAAGGAGGGGGCUGAUGAGCUUCUGACCAUGGGAGACUUGCUUUCGCAUCGCAAAAUGUACAAUCUUGUCAAGAACACCUUCCCAGAGAUCAAGGUGAACAGUGAGGAACAUGACAGCACUGUGGAUAACACUGCAUUGUGGAGUCGGGACAUUCCAGCAGACAUACUGGAGAAGAUCGAAGGACACAAAGAAGUCCCCGCCGAGAGCGUUACUGUGUGGAUCGAUCCUUUGGAUGCCACGCAGGAAUAUACAGAGUCCUUGGUCAAGUACGUGACGACAAUGGUCUGCGUCGCUGUUAAUGGUAAACCAGUCAUCGGUGUUAUACACCAGCCAUUCACCGGUUUCACCGCCUGGGCGCUUGUGAAUCAGGGAUCCAAUAUGACUCCUCGCUCGUCUUAUAGCGUUAGCCCUCCGAAAGUAAUUGUGUCCCGCUCUCACUCGGGGAAGGUUAAAAACUUCGUUCACGACGCUUUUGGAAACGGCACCACAAUUAUCGAAGCGGGAGGAGCAGGGUAUAAGGUCCUGUCGCUCUUGCAGAUGCCUUCGGCGGAUAAAGAGCCCGUAGACCAAGCCGACGUUUACGUCCACGUCACCAUGAUCAAGAAAUGGGACAUCUGCGCUGGUGCGGCCCUACUCUCUGCGCACGGGGGCCACAUGACAACUCUGAAGGGGGAGGAGAUCGACUACAGUGGGACUCCUCUCAACAAAGGAGGCCUGGUGGCCACUGUCGGCGUUGACCAUCAGGCCAUCUUGCAGAAGCUGCCAAAGUGGGACCCCGAGAAACAGUGAUAGCCCCAGCGGACACCGCCGCUCACCUGGAAGCAGUCGUCUACGGAGGAUUCGCUCGACAAACCUGAUAAAGACCUCCUGGGGCGACGAGCCACAAUUGGACAACAGAGCCAACAUGGCCGCCACAGGGAGCCAGACUCCUACGUCAAUACAGUGUACACUUGCAGCUCGAUGAAAUGGUCCGGCGUACCGUUUACGUGCCGACGCUCGGUUCAGUUAGUCUCGGAAGAGCGGCGGCGCCACAUCGUUUGUCCUCCGUGGAUUUGCAUGAUUGUGAAUGUUGCUCUUCCCCGCUGACUCCUCCCCCUUUGACAAGUGGACACACAGGGACAAUAUCUUCAAGGCUUUAUCGUAUUGCAGAAAGACUGUUCGCUUCUCUACGUUGUUUUUAAUCCACCCACUUCGUGCCAUCAAAACCGUUGCUUCCACUGGUGUGAUCUUUUUCCUUGAAUCCUUUCACCCCGAGCCCCCACACUGUUGGGAUCCAAUCAACACUGGAUAUGAGCGCCGCUCCUCACGCCGCCGUUAGUUUGCCUUCUAAAAUGGCGUUUGAUUUUAAAAUGGAAAAAUGUACACGUUUUGUCAUAAUGUGCCAGUGAGUUCAAGGCACACCGCACGGUAGUGGACUUCUUUGCUCACAGCUGGUGGUCUCGACUUGAGCAGAUCCAGCCCUUGAAGAAUGACAAAUUGACAGCAUUUUGGCAUGAAUAUUAAAACCUCUGCUUUAAGA